AACGAAGACGUUCUUAAAUUUUUUCAGAUGCAGUUCCAUGGUUUCCCGAAAAAAUCAUGGAUUUGGACAGAUUCUCCAACCGAAUCUUGUCAUACGGAGCAGAAUUGGAAUCGGACCACCCGGGAUUCACGGAUCCGAUUUAUAGGCAACGCAGGAAAUUUUUUGCAGACAUCGCAUUCAACUACAAACAUGGCGAAAAAAUCCCAACUAUCGAUUACACCGAAGAAGAAAUCAAGACCUGGGGAGUGGUUUUCAACUCCUUGACGAAUUUGUACAAGACUCACGCUUGCAAGGAAUUCAAUUAUGUUUUCCCGCUCUUGAUCGAGAAUUGUGGCUACAGGGAGGAUAAUAUCCCACAACUUCAGGGAGUUUCGGAUUUCCUGAAAAAGGUCAAUGAUUCAGGUCACGCCAUAUUCGAAUAA